GAGGCGGGGCUUCUGAGUGAGCGCUUCCUGCCCUCCCUCCACCCGCGCGCUGGGACUCGGUGGCGGCCGGUGCAGGAGACGGUUGCGGCGGCGGCUGCGGAGAUCGGCCCGUCCUCACCCGGGAGCGGCCAUGGCGCGGCGCCGCUAGGUUUCCCUGCGGGGUCGGGUCGAGCCGGGGCCGCUCCGCGAGUCGCAGGCCGGGAUGGGGCCGGGGGGCGGCCGGCAGGGCCCGGAGGCAGCGGGAGGCCGAGCGUCCUGCCGGGCCGCCGCGCUGCUGCUCCUGCUGCUCCUGGCCGCGCCCGCCGCCCUGGAGGAAGAGACCGGCAGGAACAAGGAGCCGCCGGCGCCGCCACAGCAGCAGCAGCCGCAGCCCGCGGUGCAGGGGCUAGAUCCGGCCCGGGCCGAGAAAUGGCCCACGGCAGUUCCUCCAGUUCAUCUUAUCAGUGAAGAAUCUGCUGAUAAAACUAAUUUGGGGUUUAUUCAUGCUUUUGUGGCUGCCAUAUCAGUCAUCAUUGUGUCAGAACUGGGGGAUAAGACCUUCUUUAUUGCAGCCAUCAUGGCAAUGCGUUAUAAUCGUUUGACUGUAAUGGCUGGUGCCAUGCUUGCCUUAGGACUGAUGACAUGCUUAUCAGUUUUAUUUGGCUAUGCCACCACAGUUAUCCCCCGAGUGUACACAUACUAUGCGUCAACUGCACUGUUUGCAAUUUUUGGCAUCAGAAUGCUUCGGGAAGGCUUGAAGAUGAGCCCAGAUGAGGGUCAGGAGGAGCUGGAGGAAGUUCAAGCAGAAAUCAAGAAAAAAGAUGAAGAAUUCCAGAGAACAAAACUAUUAAAUGGGCCAGGAGAUGUGGAAACAGGGACAGGCACAAAUAUACCUCAGAAGAAGUGGCUGCAUUUUAUUUCUCCAAUUUUUGUUCAAGCUUUUACUUUAACGUUCGUAGCAGAAUGGGGUGAUCGCUCUCAAUUGACAACAAUAGUCCUGGCAGCAAGAGAGGAUCCCUAUGGUGUGGCAGUGGGAGGAACAGUAGGACACUGUCUUUGCACUGGGUUAGCAGUUAUUGGAGGAAGGAUGAUAGCACAAAAAAUUUCUGUUAGGACUGUGACAAUCAUAGGAGGCAUUGUUUUCUUGGCAUUUGCAUUCUCUGCACUAUUUAUAAGCCCAGAGUCUGGUUUUUAACAAGCUUUUUUUCAUUCUCUUUAAAAGAGCAAGGAUUGGGAGGAACAAGCUUGUCCUUGUGUGUUGCUGUAUAUAAUGUACAGGUAUUGUUGCUAAACAAGCACUGAAAAUGAGAGACUGCACUUCUAUAGCAAUGAUUUGUCAGUUUGGCACAUUCGUGGACCCUGUGCCAUGAAGAUCUGCUUCCUGUCUGGUUUGCAAGGUGUAUUUAAGUGGUGGUUGGGUGCCUCACAGGAUUUGAGUCGCUUUCUUGCUUGCUGAACCUGAUCAGAUGGCUUUUGAGGAUCUGCAUCCACAAACAUGAGGCUUCCUUCCUCUGUUCCACAUGAUCACUAUUGCUGUCUGUUCUAGAGCUUAUCCAUCUGGCUAAUUGAGCAGCUGCCUUGCCAACAGGCAUUUAUGAUGUUACAAAUUUCCCAAUAGCCAGUAUGAGGGAGAAAAUCAUUGACUCACACUUCACUUCCAGGAUACCCUAGUAGCCUAAGAAACCUGAGGGCAGUUCCCAUGCCAUUAAGUGACUGAACCACCUAUUGAAACGUUUAGAAUUAAUUUUUAAAAAGCAAAUAUCUUAAUCAGGGGCCUUUGGUAUGAAGUCAACAAAAGUGCUGACUCAUGAUGUACUGUUUUCAACAACAGACAAUCUGGCUAGAUCUGAUUUUCUUUUCUUAACCAAUUCUUUUUUGUAUUAAGUUGAAAACUUAUAAUAUACAUCAUAGUAAUAAAAUGGUCAAUAUUUGACAAUGCUGCAUUCCCAAAUUUGAACAAUAAUGCAAUUCUUACAGAUUAAGAUGUGUUAUUUUCUUUAAUAGUGUAAUGGGGGGAAUGUAAAUAAAACAGUGGUGUCUCCA